UGGUUUUCCUCCAUCAUAACAGAGAAGAGCGAUGUACUGAAAACAAGUCUGUUUUAUAAAAGUGCCUCUCUUGGUGUGGUGAAUAGAUUAUAUUUAUUUUAAGGUCGACGGUGUGUGUAUUUAGAAAUCGAGAAAUGGCUGAUUUCGGGCUCUCGGGCGAACACUCGGUUUGUUUAAGUCGCUGGUAAAUGUAUCGACAGCUUGGCGAGCGGCUGUAUCACUAUUAGAAACCCUGUCGUGUUGUUGAACAUGUUUGCUGUCUGACAACGUGUUGAGCUACUCGUCGGUGUAAACUUUGAACAUUUCUGGGAGCAAAUGGCUUCUUCGGCGCUGAGUUGCUUCACYGGCCCGGAGGUGCUGGAGGACGUGACCCACGCUCGGAGUUUAAUGAAUGAGCUGAAAUCCCUGUACGACUUCCGGCUGCUCGGGGACAUCACUAUCGGUGUUGAGAGCGAGGAGGAGUCCCAGGAGCCCGGUGGAGACUCCGCCGGAGGACGUGACAUCGGCCGGCUCUUCCUGUGCAGCCGCAACGUUCUCGCUGCUGCCAGCCCCUACUUCAAAAGCAUGUUCACCGGGGGCUUGAAUGAAAGCAUGCAGGAGAGUGUGGUCAUCCGAGGAGUGGACCCUGAGUCCAUGUCUGUCAUUAUAGAUUACUGCUACUCAGGCAGGGUGACCAUCACUGAAAGCAACGUCCAGAGGCUCUACUCAGCUGCCAACAUGCUGCAGAUCGAGUACAUCAGGAGAGCUUGCUCCAGCUUCAUGACAAGGAGGUUGGAUCUCUCAAACUGUGUGGGGRUACUCAAAUUUGCAGACACCUACGACAAUCCUGAAUUGAAGGAGAACGCCAAAGCUUUCAUCGCCAGGAAUUUCAGCCAGGUGUGUAAUGCAGGAGAGCUCUGUGAGCUGAACUUGGUGCAGCUGAAGGAGCUGCUGAGCCUGGACACUCUGGACGUGGACUGUGAGAAGAAGGUCUGCUCGGCUGCUCUGCAGUGGUUGGAGGCGAACGCGCCGCUGGAUAAAGACGACGCGCUCCAAGCCCUGAAAUGCGUGCGCUGGAACCUGUUCAGCGAGAAAGACAAGUGCUACCUGGAGGGUCUCGUGACGAGGCCUUUCAUGGAGUCGUUUCUGAACAGGUCUGCGGAGGACGGCUGCGGGAUGUCUGCAGCUGUGGACGUACCAAAACACAGAAUUGGUGUGAGCGCCAAGGAGAUGAUCCUCUUCUUUGGCCUGCCUAACGAUAAUAUAAUGUGCUGUGACCCUUACUCAGAGGACUUGUAUUUCAUGGCUCCUCCUUUAGAAGAUCUCAGCACUCAGGAUUACAAACAGUCCACUAUGGAGUCAUUAAUCGCCUGUGCCACACCAGAAAACAAUUUGUACUUAGCUUCCCACCUUUCCAAGCAGUUUUGGCUGUACAAUCCUGUCCUCAACAGCUGGCAGGAGCUGGCAGAAAGGCAUCUGGGCCGGAUACACUCUGGAAUGGGCUACCUGAACGGCCAUGUGUAUCUUUUAGGAGGUAGAAAUCCUGUUACUGACACCAGACUAAAAGAGGUGGAGUGUUACAGCAUCCAGAGGAAUCAGUGGACUUUUGUGGCUCCCCUGCCUCACUCUUUGGGUAAAAUGCAAGUGGUGGCCCUGAACGACCACUUGUACGUGGUGAACAAAAGGAGGAUGCUUUGCUACGAUCCCAAAAGGAAUCGCUGGCGCCACUGCGGUUCGCUUAGAAGAGACAAGCUCCACAAGGCCUGCGUCUUCCAGGACCAGAUCAUCUGUGUGUGCGACAUCCCCGUGGUUAAAGCCUACAGCCCCACCAGGGGGGAGUGGAAGAGGCUGGGGGACAUUCCUAUCGACAGCCGGGCUCUCAACUACCAGGUGAUCCGGCACGACAGCAAGCUGCUCCUCCUCACUCAGACGUUACUGCAGCACAACAAGAACAGGGUCCUCAUCCAUGAGUACGAUCCCGCCAGGGACACGUGGAAGAACAUCAUGGCGGUGUACGUGUCCACCCUGGGACCCGUGUGCGUUUCGACACGCGUGUACCCAGCAUGCCUCAGCUCCGCUCAAAGCUUUUCCAUGGAGGAGGACGACGACAGCGGCUCCAGUGCCGACUGGGACUUGGAUGGGUUGACGGACAUAGAAUCAGACUCUGGGAGCUCGAGCUCUUUUUCAGACGAGAACUGGUGAAUGUGUCAAAGGAAACAAACUUCAAUGAUUUUUAAUUGAUUUAAAUCAUUUUGUUCUCUUGUACUAUUUAGAUCAGUAUUAAGGACAGUUCUUGAAAGCACAAACUGGCAAAUGUCAUUUUUUUCAGUGAGUUACAACAUUGAAA